AUGGAUUGGCAAAUUUUCAGAGACAAGGGAUACUUGGAAUUGACUGGCCAAGGCAAAGGAAGUCACAAUGGUCUUGACAUCAGCCACCAUGUUCCCCCAGAGCUUGACACUCAAAUCAAUUGUUACAAUGUUAGCACAAUAAAUACCACAUAUCAUCCCCCAUCAGUGAAUGUCUAUCACCCACCAUCUAUGGAUAUCAGCUAUCCUCCUGCAUCUCUGUUUGAUCCAUCAUCAAUCUUUGCACCUCAUGAGAUCAAACAACUUACCGAAAACCCACAUCACCUGGAACUGGUGAUUUCCACCCACAGCACACAGUCAUGGAUGCCAUGUGACAGAGUAUUUUCUGUUCACAUUGUGAUGGCAGGGGACAGGCCAAACUGGCAGGGGGAAGUUGCCAGAGUUCAAAACUCAACCCAGCUGACCAAGCAUGUCUGUUUACCCAUCCUCCCUACUGGUGAUCCCCCUGCAGCCAAUGCCCUGGCAUUAGUCCCUGUCAAUCUCCAGCCAACUGCAACUAUGCAUAUCCCUGACUAUGUUGUGAAGCACUUCAAGGACAAAGCCAAGAAAGAACUUCAUCGAUACUUCAUGAUGGAGUGA